AUGGCCGCGAGCUGGAUGCAGGAAUGGGUACUGCUCGGCCGUUUACUUGUUCCUCCUGCGACGUUCAUAGCCGUUGUUCACGAUCCGCGUCGCUACAUGUCUCGGAAACGUCCUAUCAGCCCAGAGUUCUGGAACUCGUUGCCGGAUGUGCUGCCUGAUCAAUCGUUCAAGUUUCCUGUGAUAUCCAGUCCUGAUCCCUCGGAGCCCAGCAUUGCCGAUAUCAUAGACAGCACUUUUCCGCCUCCCUCCGCUACCCCUAUCUCCUUUCUUCCUGCAACGGUCGCAGGCGUAGCGGCCAGCCUCAGCCGUGUGAAACCCGGCCGCCCCGUCAUGCCAGGUGCAGGUAGUGCUAUCAUCGCGGCUACGGGCCUCUUAAAGGGUGCGGUCACCGGAUUCCAGGCCAGCGAUUUCGAUCAGAUCUGUGGGGUCGAUCGCAGUCGAAGCCAGCAGCCAUCUCAGCAUCUUUUCAAGAAGCCUUUGACGCACUAUCAGGCGUACUUCCUUCCUCCCUUGCCUGCGAUCCAGAGCUUUGAGGAAUCCAGCGGCAAAAGUAUGCUGCAGCUUAUAGAUGACCUAGCUGCCGCGACGUCGAUUGAAGAAUUCGAGGCGACACGAGAGAACCUCGUUGCGAGCGGCGAGGAAAGCGUGGCGCACGCGAAGCCCUUGAUAGACCGCUGGGUCUCAGAGACAUUCAGCAACCUCAAUCUUCCUCCCGAAUCCAGCCCCGACCUUGACGACUCGGUCUUGCAUAUCAUCACCACCACCGCGUUCGCCUUCAACCCCAGGUCCAGCAAUGGUGUCACAACGUGGGACGCCGUGGUGCCGAUUUACUACGGGCUCGAGAGUGCAAUUGCGGAGAGGGUGCAAGAGGAAUUGCAGAAGUACAACCACCUUCGCGUCGUUUUCGCCUUCUCCUGCUGCACCUUCACCAAUUUCCAGUACAUUCUCGUGCCAGGUCCUCCUCCGCUUCACCAAAAACCGAAGAAGCCCAUCGGGUGUAUCAACCGUAUCACCGUGCUCGCGUCUACUUUGAAACAUCCCGUAUACGUCACGAAGAUGAUGCCUGCUGAUAAUGAUGGAUGGACGAAGGGGAAAGCGGGAGAAGAUCUCUGGGUCGAUACCAACUUUGCCGCACGCAGCGCGUACGCAUUCACUUCGCGCGUCGUGGAAAAGCAACUGGACCUCGCCUGCUUCGGCGACGGCGGCAAAUCUCUCGCUUUCGGAACGUGUCUCGAUGCCAUAUCCGAAGACGGCGGCGACGCUAACCUGCCAUUCCUGCUGAACGACGUACGUCAUUGGGCGCUGCCUGCGGCUGGCAACCUCGAUGUUCGCGACUUCUGGAAGAUCGGUGUAUACGAGUUCUCUCCAACGGCGCCCGCCUCCACCGCCCCGAAAGAGAUAAAGACCGUGCACGACCUUUGGAUGCAUAAUCCGAACCCGGAAGCGAAAUACUUCAGAGAUGCCGUGACAGUCGGAACUGGUCAUCGCGGCAUGGAUUGCUACUGGCGCGGAGAUAUGAUCCAGGCGGAGCUCCAAGGUGGCACUGUGGUCACUCACUACAAGACGCCCGUGAUGCCGUUCCCGCCAACUCCCGCUGGUCCCGCUGUCCCUGGAAGUAGUACGACUACGACCACCACUCACACGACCACGACGCACCCGACCACAACCCCCACGACCACAACCCACACGACCACGACCACGACCACGACGCAUACAUCUACAACCACGGCGCCUACAACUCCGGCCUCGAAGCACCCCUACGCCUGUAUAGACGGCGUGAUCUCCGGCACGACGUUGUCCAGCGUCUCCAAGCAUGUGCGCCCCGUGUCGGCGCGGAGCAGAUUCGGAUCUCUGGCCCUCACAUUGGGUGAACAGCAGCUCAACUCGUUCUCUGCACGGUUACCGGACCUAUUGGCGGAAGGACGUCUCGAUAGACAUCACUUGCUCAUAUUCAUUGACGAGGUCGCGGGACGGAGCCCUUGGGCCGACAUGGACCUCGACACGGGGGCGGCAAUGAGGAUUGAUGAGCGGGUGAACGCCCCGUUGGAUCAGGUCAUGCCAGGUCGAGUGAGAGCAGACCCAGAGGACGAAUCUCGGGAGAGGACUGCGCUUUAUCAGCAACGACAGCUCGCGGUCAAACAGUCCGUCGCCAACAUCCUCUGUGCAUUUUCUUCUUUCCUGUUCGCACGACUCGUCGAUCUCACCGUGGACCUAACCGCCUUCUCGGUCCGCCCCUGCGCCACGUUCGCGACCGUGCGCCGCUUGCACGUCAUACGGAGCGCACCACACCUAGGCUGCUUUAGCCUUGCACUACAAGUCAUCGAUCGUGCCUUUCCCUUGGUCGAGCACCUCCGGUUCUCCGGCAUUGCGCACCGCGACCGACUUUUCGCCGUGCUGCGCAUCUAUCUUGACAUCCCCACCACGUCGGUGAAUGCAGACACCUCGCUCACACCCAUCGAGAGGGAUCGGUUGACAGGGCGCUUGUCUCGUGCGCCUGCGGUCAUCAACGCAGGGGUGGAUGCAAUGAGGGGCAUCGCCAGCCGGGCUCUGGAGCGGCUUUACCUCCAGUUUCAUUUCCAAAGACCGGUGCCUGCGUAUGGGGCAAACACCGGCGCUCUCCGCUCCCGCCAGUCGCACGCAUUGAACUGGUUGGUGAGCCGCGAGCGGGAUGGACGGUUCGUCCUGCUCCCACCCCCGGUUGAGGACUCGACCUCGAAGUUGGCCCAUACGUUGUGGUUGGCCAACGUGCAGAGUAUCGAGCAGUGCUGGCCGGCGACAUAG